AUGCCAGCAGAACCACAACUUCGCCAGUCGCCAGAUCUUCCGCCCGAACUCACGUCUCUUAUCUUUUCGCACUUGCGCUCCAAAUCAGACCUGGUCCGGGUGUCGAGAUGCUCGAAAAGAUUCCAAGAUGAAGCUCAAUCUCAUUUGUACAGCAACUUGGAGCUCCGGCCACUUCCAGUGUCUACCAAUCAUCCGGACGACCGUUUCCGUCUCAGGGCCCUCACCGAGCUGUUCAUCAACAGUCCACAGAAAGCUGUGCUAGUCCGGACCCUCAGCAUUCGUCCUGCCUUCAUCGAUGGGUUCGAAGAGUACGACGAGAACUCCCCAGUUCGAUUUCCAGCAUCUGAGAAAGUCAGACAGCUCAUCCAUGGCACUGCUGCGAGUCAUCUCACCCGAACGGCGUGGUACGAAUGCUACAGUCGCGACAACGAAGACGCCAUGCUGGCUGUACUGUUGUGUACUUUGCCGAAGUUGGCAACCAUAGACUUUGCUAUCUCUGGCUCAGCUCCCUUCGUAUUCCGCACCCUCUCCGUGACGAAACCCUACCAUACCUUCUUGUCCAUGUCUCAGACAGAGUUAGCAAGGCUCCUCCCGGCGCAAGAACACACUACGGCUGGCCAACGGCUUCACUGUGAGCUUCGCGACAUUUGCUGGUCCGGCAAACGUGACCAUGAAACUCCCUUUGUGUGGACUGAAGCGUUAUUCAACCUUCCAUCGGCGAAGCGGCUGUACCUCCAGUUUUUCGACAGCAUCGAGCGUGCUUGGGACGACACUGUCUGGACGAAUCCGUACAUGUACCCUAAUGAACUGCGCGAGCUGCCAGAUGGCACCUCGAGCAUUACAUCGAUAGAACUACGGCAGUGUUCCUUCGCGCCUAGCGAUAUCAUAACCAUUUUACAGACGCCGCGGGCUCUACGCAGCUUCAUCUGGGAGAUUGGUUCGUCGAGCGAGCGCAUCCACACUGUCAAUGAGAUGCGCAACCUUCGAAAGGCGCUAGAUCGACACAAUUCGAGCUUGGAGACGCUCUCAUUGGAUUACACGGAGGAAGAACCCAUGGACGAGACGAUGCCACCGGCAGCGCUUGGAGGCCUACAAGACUUCACGAAGCUGUCCAAGCUGCAACUGGCGAAUAUCUUCUGGCUUGGGGGCGAUUCGAGCGACGAUGUCUUCCGCGAGUCCUGUCUGUUCGAUAUCUUGCCACGCAACAUCACGACGUUGAAGCUGACAAAAUGCGAUGAGACUCUGAAAGAAACGUGCUCGGCUGUCCAAUAUAUUCUGGAGCAUCGUUCUUCGCUGCCUCAGCUGUCGUCGAUCUCUCUUCGCAUCGAGGAAGGAACAGUACGGGACUGCGGGCGCGAAGCUGAAAUUUGUUCACUGUUACGCCUUGCGGAGACCAGUGGCAUCUGGGUCAUUGUGUGGGAGCAGUGUGGAAUGUCAGAUCGGGAGAGAGGGUGGGGUUUCAGUGGAGAGGUCGAAUGGGCUGAGCAGAUAUACGACGAGCUCCCCGACUUUAACAAGGCUCCCAGCUACAAGGCCGUCACAUUGGAAUCUCUAGAGGAGCAAGUGAAGUCAUAG